AUGUUCAGCAUCUUGACAGCGGUCUCGGCUUUUUCUCUCUGGCCCGGGCCUCAAGGUGCGCACCAGUUCACUGUGCAAAACGACCAACGCAGAAUAAACUCGAAAGCCGUCUCUUCAACUCGCUUCAGCACCGUGGGCCAUGAAAGGUCUAAGACUGCGAUGCAGCCAGAAAACAACCAAGGGCUGCCGAACUUUCGUCAACUAUCACCCGAACCACCGCAGCCUUGUGGGGUUCAGCACAUCUGGAACGAGCCGCUCAAGGGCCUCGCUCCUCGACACAUUGCACUAUGUGUUCUGGAUUUCUUCACCCCCGAGAUUCUGUCUCGCCGCACAAAGCCAAGAGGCCGACUCAUUGAUGAGCAACCCAAAACUGCCUGGCUCGACGGCCUGCGGGGCUGGGCCGCCCUGCUCGUCUGCGUCUUCCACCUAACGCUGUGGACACACGACGGCAUCAACUACUGCUACGGCGCCAUCCUGCCCUCCGGCGCCCCCAACGCCACGCCCGCCGCCUGGCCUGUCAUUAGGACGCUCUGGACGGGCGGGCACUUCUCCGUCGCGCUCUUCUUCACUAUCUCUGGUUACGUGCUGCCAAAGCGCCUGCUCUCCCUCCUCCACGCGGGCCGUCAGGCCGACUUUGUCGAAGCGCUCCACUCGUCUGUCGUCCGUCGUCCGUUUAGGCUUUUUCUCCCCGUCGUCUGGAGCACACUAGCCGCCAUGGUGGUGUCGUAUCUCACGGGCAUCCCGACGUCUGCCAUGAAGCGCGAGGACAGCAUGCUGCUCCAGCUGCUGGCGUGGGUGAGGGAGACAGGGCGAUACCUCUACUUCUUCGACGGCGGUUAUCAUGCCGUGAAUCAACACACGUGGUCCCUUGUCGUAGAGAUGCGCGGCUCCAUGUCGCUGUUUGUGUGGCUUUUUGCCCUCUCGCGGAUGCAACACAAGAGGCGCUUCUUUCUGACACUGGCCAUGAUUUGGUACCUGAUCGUCGCGGUCCCGGCUGCCCAAAUGGCUACAUUCUUUGCAGGCAUGGUCACGGCGGAGCUUGACCUGAUUUCGUCAGGUGCCGUGCAGAUGCGUCUUCCCUGGGAUGGGCUAGUGCAGGCGGUGGGCAGGCAUACCCUCGUGCGGACGUCAGUUUGCCAUGCCGCCCUGGUCGGUGCGUUGUACCUCGGGGCCUCGCCUUCUGGAUCCCCUGUGGGCUCCUCGAGGGGCGAGGUGCUGGGAAUAUGCCGUGGCUGGAUGACCCUUGAGUGGUUGAUUCCAGAGGCUUACCCUCGCGACGGCGACGAUCCCAGCUGGCUAUGGUUCUGGUUGUUCUGGGCUGCGUGGAUCUUUCUUCUAGCUGUUAAGGAAAUCGGUUGGCUGAAACGCGCUCUUGCGAGUGGCUUCUCACAAUAUCUUGGAAGGAUCUCUUUCCCCCUCUAUCUAACCCAUGGACCCAUGAUUGGGUUCUUCUCGGAGCGUCUUUUUUACCUGACGGGCGUCAAGAAAGACAUGGACGAAGGCGCUAUAUCCUUGUUUGGCUCUAUUGCAAAUAAAUGGCACGAUGCCAGCUGGUUCCUGUUCACUGACCAGGGGCCGUACGGGCUAGAGCCGAAUUAUUUAUUCUGCCUCGCUUUAAGCAUUGUGGUGUUUUUAUACGUGGCAGAAUUGGCUGCCAAAUCUAUUGAGGCCCCCAGUGUACGCUUCUCGAGAUGGGUUUACGGUCGAUAUUUCAAAGGCAGCUGA